AUCUGCCACAGUGCCACUGACUGACAGCAGUUCAUAGAGCACUGGCUGACAUAGCAGAAUUAGCCCGGGUGUUGACAGUGCCAAGAGUGCGUACAUGGGGCGAGUGAGAUGAGCACGUUGGCAAAACCACCAGCACUUGCUGACAUAAUAGCUCAUGCCAUCGAGAGUAAAGGGCACAUUAACUCAAUUAAAACGCCAGCCACUAAACUAGUAUUAGACACCCUAAAGCGAUAUAAUCGUCCGUCUAGCUUCACUUUCCUCGAUCAGAAAUGUCACCUGCAAUGUUUCAGAAACUUAUCGAAAGGUCUUUUAAAGAUAUCACCGAACAUAAAAUGAAAAAAUCAUUGGAGAUUGGCUUAACCAAGCACACACAAGAGUUUUUUGUUGUCCUAGACUUCCUACAGUCAAGCCAUGUCGUUCAUAUUCAGUUGGAUUUCAAGUGGGUUUACUAGCAUUCUGCAAUUUUUAGGUCUGUACAAAAAAAAUGGAAAAUUGAUCUUUUUAGGACUGGAUAAUGCAGGAAAGACCACACUUCUACAAAUGCUUAAAGAUGGGCGAAUGGGGCAGUCUGUUCCUACAUUACAUCCUACCUCCGAAGAGUUAACAAUUGGUGGUAUGACAUUUACUACGUUUGAUUUGGGUGGCCAUACCCAAGCUCGAAGGGUUUGGAAAAAUUACCUACCUGCUAUUAAUGGCAUUGUAUUUAUUGUUGACUGUGCAGACCAUGGCCGGCUAUCUGAAUCCAAGACAGAAUUAGAUGCAUUAAUGACAGAUGAAACCAUUGCAAAUGUUCCAAUCCUGCUUCUAGGCAACAAGAUUGACAGGCCAGAGGCAAUCAGUGAGGAAAGACUGCUACAUAUGUUUGGAAUAUACGGGCAGACAACAGGGAAGGGAAAAGUUGCGCUAAAGCAGUUGAGCAACAGACCUCUUGAAGUCUUCAUGUGCAGUAUACUGAAGAGGCAAGGAUACGGAGAAGGAUUCCGCUGGUUAUCACAGUAUAUUGAUUGAUAGACAUUAAAUCACCUUGUUUAUUUAAUUAGCUACUCUUUGUAACGUAAAUGUAAUUGUCAUACUUGGUUAAAGCAGCAUUGUAGGUUUAAAUGGCAACAAGUUCCAACUACAAUUUACUUCAAAGAUCAACAAUUUUUAAACGUUUUUUUAUUUGCAACCUUGUUUGUGGCAAACUUUUCAUAUGCAUCUAUCUCCUGAAGGCCUCAAUUAAUGAUAAGGAUGGAAAUGUACACUAGUCUAUACAAGUAAGUCAUUUUGUAGCAGGUGUGUAAGCCAUUAGGUGUUUUCCCGUCUUUACAUUGAGGCAACUAGUAACUUUUCUCUCCUGAUUGUUGAACUGCAGUGAUAUGUAAUAUUCAACUCUAGGAGAUAGUUCCCUAAAACUCUUUAAAUGUUUAUACUUAAAGAAACGUAUUACACACAUUUGGAAAUUGUGUCAAUCCAAUUCUAAUUCUAUAUGAUCCCUCGGUUAUUUGCUGUGAUAGAUCUGCAUGUUCUGAUAGCCUUGAAGCAAAUAAUUAAACAAAUCAAAUGAAUGUAAACAGAAAUAGGGUGAUGGUGGGAAACCAGACGUGGACCCGUUGCCCAAUGUGCCUAGAGGGAUAUGGCUGCACCUCACUAGGCCAAAACAUACGUCUGGGGUUUGCCAUGUCUCUCGUUCAGAGAGGGAUUGCCUGGUAUUUCAGGGCUGGACCGUACUGUUUAGUCAGGACCAGACUGAUAUACUACAGGAAAGUUCUUCUCUCUGAAAGGCACGUGCUGAGCUAAAAGAGGCUGCUCCUGGGGCGGUAACUAGCUCUAGAACAAGCUAUUAUGCUAUUGUUCAUUUACAUUUAUUUUUUAUGUCAACAUUGACAUACCAAGACAUACAUGUAACGUUUCCCUGCGUGUGUGUAUUUUAUGGGUCACACAUAUCUCUAGAAUUUAAUGUUUCAUCUUUUAGAGUCCCCCCCCCACUUUUUCCUCAUAUCACUCCAUGUACAUCUUCUCUAACUAACGUUGCCACCUCAAACAUAUUUUCAUGGCAUCUAUGAAUAAGACAUGUUGCAGGGAAGAAAAUAAAGGGAUAGAAAGGUAAAAAUGAAAUGUACAUAGGUGCAUUUCAAUUGGAAAUAGAAGAAUUUUUCCAAUAAAGUUCCAUAAGCAAAAAUGCUUCUUAUAAAAGUUAUUUCUGUUUUUCUGUGGCAUAUGCACAUAUCCUGUGAUGGCCCAAUCACCAGUAUUCAAACACCACACCUACUUAGAGGGUCAGCAGUAGCUUGUAUGGUACAAAUGACGUCUUCAGAAGCAAUACACACCACAGCCACCUCUCUGAGUAAGCAUAAUGCAUGGGCCCUCACAGGAUAUGUGCAUAUGUUGCUGAUAAACAGUAAUAACGCUUACUAGAAGUAUUUUUGCUAAUGGAAGUAUAUUGCAAAAAGUUGGACAGCACUAUUCAUGUUCCUUCCUGCACAUCCUGCAGCAUUUGUACGGUAUAACUGUUCUAGAAAACAUGGCCAAGGUGUCAACUUUAUCGCCAAACAAUAAUCAUAAAGUUACUACAAACAAAUACAGUGUUCCAUUGGCUUUCCCAGGCAAUCAUGUUUACAGCACAAAUAAUGUGAGAGUAGGGAAAGCUAUGCAACUCUGGAUCACAUGACUAAACCAGACAGGUUUCUCGUUGUCUGAAGCCCCCCUUAGGCAGCUGUCUGGUUUGCAUGGGAAAAUAUAUGAUUAAUGCAGGUACAAACCAGCAGUUUUCUGAAUGUUCUUAUAAACGCAAUUAUCUCUGGCAUUUUAAAAACCCUUCAUUUAUGUACUCAUAAAGAAUCAAUACUUUAAUUUAUGUGUUUCUAAUUGUUAGCCUUUAAACCUACCAUUCUAUGUUAAUACUUUAGAUAAUGUUUUUCAAAUAUUUUAAUAAUUUUUAAAAACAAA